ACAAUUUUCUGUAAAAUUUAAUAAAGUUGAAGUAAUGUUUAUAUACUAAUAAAAUAUAAAACAAGUGAACCUUUUUGUGGCAAAAUGUCCUGUAAUGAAGAGUUUCAAGUGAAAAACGAAUAUGAUGAUAGUAAUUUCUCCAGCUAUUAUCAAGACUACAAAGAUGAUGAGCAAAGUGAUCCCAGUUAUGCAAAUGAAUCAUUGGGAGUACUAACAACCAUUAAAACACCCCAUGGUGAUAAUAUUUCGGUUUAUUUAAGACUAGGUAAUCGAAUAUUGUUUUGUUCCGGAAAAUAUUUCUACAUAGAACACACGACUGCACAAACAGAUCAUCAAAAGGAAUAUACGGGUAUUGUCAGUACUUGCCACACUUGUGGUGUAAGAAUCAAGGGUUCCCUUAAAGUGAGUUCUAAUUUUAUAUGCCACUUGAAAGCUCGACAUCCUGAGGUUUACCAAGAGUUUCUUAAACAAAAACAAGAAUCUGGAACAGGCACCAGAAUUAAAAAAUCUGAUAAACUGUAUGGUGGACAUCGUACCAGCCCAUAUCCUGCUAAUAACCAUUUAGUAGGCAAUAUUUUACAACACCAGGAAACUCAGGAACAAUUUCAACGUAAUAUUUUGCAAUUUUUAGUUGCUACCAAUCAGUCUUUAUCCCUAGUAGAGGAUGUUAAUUUUCUGAAACUCUUUGAGUUUAUGGAUUUUCCUGUGCAACUGAAAACGGCUGCAUGUUAUGAACAAAUUAUUAAAGAUGAUUGCAAGUACAAACAAUUGGAGCUAGCGAAUUUUUUUAAUCAUAGUAAAGUAUUUGUUUGCCUUACUUCUGACGUUUGGUCGUAUGGAGAAUGUAAAUAUUUAACAUUAGCCUGUCAUUGGAUUGAUGAACAAUAUCAACGUCAAACGGCUUUACUUGCCUGUAAACGUAGCUCAAGUCAAGGUGAACAAAGUUUACAAACAUUAAAGAAUGACGUCUUGUUACCAUAUGGCUUCCAAAAGGAAUGUAUUGUUAAUACAGUUACGGGAAACAUACAAAAUUAUACAACCGAUUUUGUAGAAUUUGGUAUACAGAAAGAAGUAUUAUGUAUAGAUUCUAGGGGUACAACAGAGGAUUGUACUUUUCUUAAGCAAAUGCAAGAAAAUCUUAAAUUGUUGCAUAUAAGUAAUGAGGACGAGAUAAAUGUGGUGCAUCUAGACGUAUUAAGAUUAAACGAAAUAUGGAUUAAAGACUUCACUAAAUAUCUUGACGAGGACACAAAAAACUUACAUCGAACUUGUAUGGAGAAAUGUUGUACAAUAUGGCAAGUCAGCCACAGUAAGCAGUUCAAAAAAAGCUUUGAAACUAUUUUAAAUGUACCUGUAACACCACCCAAUUUAUUCUCGUUGACCUCCCUUUAUAGCUCCCUUAAACAAUUACUCCUCAACAAGUUACAACUCUCAGAUAUAUGCUGUUUCUUAAAAAAACCUAGUUUUUCGCCUGCUGAACUACACUACUUAGAAGAAUUGGUGGAUGUGUUUGAGCCAUUGCAUGCAGCUUUUGAAUUUCUAGAUACUCCACAAAAUCAUUUCUAUGGUUGUUUUUUGCCCACUCUAGUGACCCUCAAAUGGAAAUUGACUAGAUUAUUUAAUAGUAAAAAACUCAAAUAUUUACAAGAUCUCUUAACUAAAUUGAAACAGCAACUUUUGACAGAAUUUAAGUCGUAUUAUGAGCUAAAUGAUACAAAAUCUGAAGCCAUUGUGGCAGCCAUUACUUAUCCGCCAGUAAAGACAAGAUUUUUAAUGGGUUUACAGGAUUCAGUAUUGUGUUUUAAUUUUCAAGCUAGAAACUUGCUACUAAAAUAUGGAAAGGAUUAUCAUAUAGUUGAAGAGAAUCAAACAGAUAACCAAGCAGUGCUAAAUAAUCAACAAUAUAGCAUGGAUAAUAUAACGACCGCAACGGACUUUUUUGAUUUUGGCGAUGGCACUGAAAAGUCUGCCGAAGACUCUCAGUUACCCAAUUCUUUGAAACUAGAAAUUGAUGCUUAUUUGGCAGAUAUUGAUAAUACGUUAAUGUCUUUGCAAAAAUAUCCCACCAUAAAACGCUUAUUUUUUCGCUAUAAUACCUGUAUUCCCUCUCCCUCAAUUGUUUUACGCCUAUUUCCUUUACAUAAUAUAUUAAGAAAUAGUUUGUUAACUGCAUCCACCCAUGAACAAUUUGAAAAUUCUAUAUUUUAUCAAAGUCACAUUUUACACAAAUAGUUUUAAUAAUUUUUUGUAUGUAUAGAUAUAUAUUUAUUUAAGAAUUUAGAAACUAAGUUUUAUAAACCU